AUGGAACCGCCCGCCAAAUACGCACAACUCGCAAGCCUGGUCCGAACCGCUGAUGGUAAAAAAAAGAAGAGCAGCACGCUCAAUGAGCUCCCUAAUAGGUCUCCUGUUAGAAAUGAAUUUGCAAGUCUCAAAACCGAUGCACACAUAUUGGUUGAUGCGGAAGAUCCAUUGAGUAUACAGGAAAAACUAGCAUUGGCCCUUUUCACUACAAGGCCAGGUCUUUGCAUUCUUAAGCUAUAUUAUGGGCUUUCAUGUGGCCAUAUCAAUCUUAAUCGUUACAAGAAGUGGCAAAAUGCAAAAAAUCGUCCUGAAGUGGAUGGCUGUUACAAGAACUUGGUUAAAAAAUGGAUCGAGUCUACUACUUAUCUGUCCUUACUUAUGGACAACCUGCUCCAAAACGAUCAGCAUCCUUUGGAUUAUACUCAGUUUUCAACGGCACCUCACAAAAUGUCGUUAGGUUUUCUGUUGGAUAGAGAAACGGAACUCUUAAUCAUCGACGAUGAUUACAAUCUGCUUUUGGAUUUCCUUUUACAUUGUCGACUCAAAAUUGAAAAACUGCUCAACGAAGCAGAUUUGCCAUCACUUUUGGCUAAAGUAUCGCAUAAAAAUAACCGCCUGUUCCAACUGAGUGGUAGAUUUAUUUGGUAUACCUUCACCCCCCAGGAAUUUGAGGAAUCCCAAGAUAUCGUUUACAAAUACUUGACUGUUUUGACAGACAAGUUGACCGCCCAGCAGGAUUUGAUACCGCAGCUGCGGCCCUUAUUUGGUGCUAUGAAUUCAAGCAAAGUUACUCACUUGGCGAAAAAGGAUUCUUCUCAGGGAGAUUAUUUGGAUAGUGAUUCGAACAGUGAUUCUGAACAAUGGCCUUCAAAAAAAUCAAAUUCUCAAGAUCGCGUUUAUUCGUUUGACUUGAACGAUGAUGGGUCAUUCGAAGCACCUAAUGUUUUCAGCAAGACUCGCAAGAGACAUCACACUCUCUAUCAUGUCUUGAAGCUUCAACAACAAAAUUCAUCACCACUUUUAAAGUCGCAAUUUUUCACGCUUUGUGCUCUAGUCGACCCUGUUACCCAACCGAUACCCAAUGAUUCGCAUAUUGUUUCUAUUGACUUGCUGUCGGAUAUGUUUCUAGGUCUUUUAAGCGCCGAGAUCAAGGAGUUAUCCAUCAACUGGCGGUUCCAUGUUUGCUUCAAUCUACAGAAGAUAAUUCAUGCUUCUUUGCCACGCCUUAACUGUCACGAUUUUCAGAAGCUCAAUUCGGUCAAUAAUAGCGACGAAUCUGUUGACUGGAGACGAAAUUUACACAAAUGGCUGCCGCAGGGUCUCAAUACGCAAGAUCUUGAACUUAUCUAUAUGGUCGACAUUUUGGCAAUAUAUCUUCAGUACAAGUUGUACGAAGACUUGCCGGUGCAGAUGAACCCAUUUUUGGCACCAAUGAUCUCUUUGUGGAAAAAUCUUACUUUCGUUGUUUUACUAGGCUUAGAGAUUGAUCGGUUUGAAGAAGAACAUGAAACGUUCGAUACUCCUGUCAUAGUUCGUGCAACUAUCCGCGGAGCAUCGGCUUUACGGAGCGUUGUUGCAACGGUUCUGAACGGUCAUGUUGACUAUAAACGACAUGACUUCAAACACGAGCCAAUUAAUAUAUUCAUGUCACCUCACGGCCGGAAGCUCUGCCACGGCGCACUUUACACAGAUGUACGAUCACAUGCUGCGGCAAUGUUAGCCUUGGGAGUAGAUUUAGAGGAUGUCACAAAUCUUUUGAGCGACCUGCAACCAGGAGACAGAUUCGAUGAAGAUGUCAAAUAUAUGUUUGACUAUGAGUACGACAAUUACAAUGAAGUUGACACUGAGGAAAUGGAUGAGGAGGAGCUUGAAGACAUUGAGUCUCGCGAACGUAUAAAGGAGAUGCGCGCUUAUUACAAAAGAUGCCACUGUCAAUUUGACGACGACGAGCUUUUGCCAGAUGAUGAAGAUGAAACUGAAGCUAGCGUGCCUAGGACCAGAAGUUUCAAAGAAGCACCCCCGGAUAGUAAUGUAAAGAUAUCUGCAAAUGUUAAACCCAUGGCUCAAAGGUCUAAGAGAGAAGGCAUAGAUUUUGAUUUCAAUGGACGCGACUGGCGAGACAUUCCUCGUGGACUGAACUUCUAUUUCAAUGAACAUUACACUUUCGAAAAGCGUAUAGCCAUCGACACAGCAAACUCUCUAAUGGUAAGUGCUGCCGAUAGGAAGCUCUCCCUAGAGGAAGGUACUAAGCUUUUAAGAAUAGUAGCAACUUGCGUUGCGCGAGAGCAAGAACAAACUGUCUUCCAAUCUGUGUUUGCAGGCGAGCAAGAUCAAAAGCCAAGCAACCAUUACACGCCGGUCGCGGAUGGUGACUUGACAACAGAUUAUAUCUAUGAGCGAUGGUGCGAGGAUGCGCUGUUUGAGCGAAUAUUAUUGCACAACGAAACACUGAUAUGGCGAUUCAUGGACGAAAUGCUGAUGUGCAGCGGAUACCGUCGAGUACUGAUCUGGUUUAUCACUCAUCUUGAAUUGAGCAGCUCAAUGAUUGAAUAUAUAUACAUUCUUGUAUUGGGUGGGCGUGGAGAGAAAGUCCUCGAAGGCAACGACGCUAACCCCUCAGAAGAAUCCCAAUACGACCAAGUGCUUUUUUCUAGGCAAGGUUCGUUACAGCUGUCGGAAAUCGAGGUCAAAAUGUUACUUCAAGAGUUUUUCACCAAUGCUGCCAUCUUCUUCUCGAGACAAGCUCGUGAACAUGAGCACUCUGGUGACGAAGAAAGUGAAGAAGAACAUGCGGGGAAUCGUGGGAUAUCUACAAGAGUGGUAGGGCUCAUGAAAUUGGUUUGUCUAAUGGUGAAAAGGCUGAUGAUCGAAAACAAGUUCGAUUUCAAAGAUCCUGACUACAUUUUCGAACUGCAAACACUAUUGAUGAGCUGGAUCUGCAUUCUGCCAGAAGCGCGGGACUUGUUUUUCGAGCUCAGGUCACGAGUAGAUGAGGAGUCCGUGGAUGGAAAGCCGAUAUCACUAGGAGACACUGCUGGCUCGGGUCUCGACGCACAACAGUAUCCCUCUGGUGUCGCUGAAAAGAUUAAUCAAGAUCCGACCAGUUUGCCAGACAAGAACUCGGACACUUCCAUAUCCGUGUACAACAAGAGGCUAAUAUCGCUGCUUCCGCCUAUUGCUGGUAGUGAAAACAGUGCGGUCACCGCCCUUCGGAGCUUCAUCAGCAAACAUUCACUUACCAUGAAGACUGCUGUAUUUGGCCGCCGUGUGAUCUCCCAAGAUGACGACAUCAUGGGUAUGUACAUGUCUGACAGGGAAAUGGACAAUCGUCACUUCUUGGCAGAAUUCGGCAUUGAUUAUAACGAUCUCGUAGACGGAGUUUACGGAGCGGAUUUCGUUUAUGAUUGA